AUGUUCUUCAAGAUGUCCAUUGUCUUCGCAAUCUUUGCGCUGUUGAUUCAGGUUGUAGUCUCCAACACUCCUGCCUGUGUUCUUCAGGCUGUCAACCAGGCUGGAAAGUCUCCCAGUGAUGUCAAGGACAUCUGCACUGGUGGCAGCAAUGUCGAACAGAGCCUCGUUAGUGACUGUGGCAACAACUUCGACGCUGCCAUGAGCGCUUUCUCCAGCAUCUGCUCUGGCGCUGGUGUCACCAUCUCCACUUGGAAUGCCGCUUCCUCGCCUGCUACUCCCGUCAGCACUCCUGUCAGCUCAAGCGCCAUCAGCACCUCUACCGACUCCGCCACUGCGACUACCAGCGAGGCCAAGUCUGACUCCACCUCAACCGUGACCGCUUCUCAGGCCUCUGUUCCCUCUUCGGUCUCGAGUACUGAGUCAACUGCUGAGCCCACCAACAGCGGUGCUACCACUGCUACCGGCAUCCUCACAGCAACCGACACUGCCACCAUUACACAGUCUGCCGAGUCGUCAGGAGUCUCAACGUCGUCAGCCCCAAUGUCCACUGGCGCUGCUAAGCACGUCGAGAAGAAUGGAUGGGUCAUGGGAGCUAUGGCUGCUGCUGGUCUCAUCAUGGCCUUGUAA